UAAUUAUGGGGAAGUCAUUCUACGAAAAGGAGCAAGAGAAGAUCAGAGCGUUGAUCAAGAUACCGUUGCUUGAACUAGUGCUUCAAUUCCUUCCACAUCUCCAACCAAGCCAACGCCAGCGGGAUGAUACCUGGGAAGUGGUGGCAAUUCAAUUGGGUCAGCAGCGGUUUAGCGAGGCAGUGCACGAGAAAAAGUCCAUGGAGGAAGUAGAGGCCAUACCGGAACUCAAUGGGUUCUAUAUCCGGGAGAUGUAUGAGCAGUUGUUUGCCAACUUCAAAAAGGAAAUGCAGUUUAGAUUGGCCAUGCAGACGGCGGCGGUGCCCAACAGUAGUGCUGGCCUGCCUAUGAGAACUCUACUGUUUAACCCACAGGAUCGGGCAGAAGCUCUUCUUUUCACAUUGUACCAGAUGCAAUAUUGGGACGUUGAGAUGAUGGCCAAGGUCAGUCAGGAGAAGUUGGAAAAAUCAUUCCGGAGAUAUCUUGAACAGCAGGAACUAGGUGAAAAAGACAAGCUCGAAGUGCCGUUACCUGUGGUACACCAGUACAGAAAAAGCGUUGAACUAAAAAAGAAUGAAAUCUUGAAGGAGGAGAUAUCAAAGAAGGAUAAACGAUUAGAACAGCUAGCCCAAGAGAAUAAACGUUUGUUAGAACUAAACCAUGACUUACUCUCGCAACUCCAGGGACAUAACAAUCCAUAAGCUUUUUUGGUUUAUGUGCACGACGACGUUUUCUCGGGUAGUGCAGUAAUUAACUGUACCCGCCCCUGUCGGCAACGAUAAUAAAAUUAAUUACUUACACAAUAUC